ACUUUAUAUUGCAGAGAUAGAGAUAGUGUUUUUCAGUUCUAUGUUAAAAUUGCUGAGAGAGUCUUAAGCAGCUUACUCUUCUGUCCCAUGGACGAUAGGCUCAGUUCUCUCUCUGACGAUAUACUUCAUCGCAUUCUCUCUCCAUUGCCUAUUAGAGAAACUGGUAGAACUUCAGUUUUAUCUAAGCGAUGGAGACAUGUUUGGGCGUCUGUUCCAGUUUUCAACACUAAAGGAAUCAAUCGGCCAUCGAUAAUUGACCAAGCCCUCUUACUCCACAAUGGACCCAUCCAUCAGGCCUCGCUACAAGCCCUCCUACUCCAUAAUGCACCCUCCUAUCGGGCCUCGCUACCUCUUGAUAAGUUGGAGCCCGGCAAUGUUGAUCGAUGGAUGCUUUCUCUCACUAGAAGAGGCCUACAAGACCUAACGAUUGAAAUAGAAAAAGAACCUCGGUACAAGAUUCACUCCUCCAUCUUCUUUUGUGAUGCUUUGAUGUCUCUCAAUUUGAAGCACUGCAUACUUAAGCCCCCAGCCGAUUUCAAGGGUUUUCCGUCCCUCGAGCGUCUCUCUCUAGAGAAAGUUUCGCUGCUUGAUGAUACCAUACUGGAGUCCCUAGUUUCCAAGAGUAGGCAGUUGAAAUACCUAAAAUUGAGCGAAUGUAGUGGCCUCUCUUCUGUCAAAAUCCAUGCCCUGAAUGUCAUUUCUUUCCACUUCAAUGGUUUCUUCAAUAGCCUGAAUUUGGAUCAGAUCUCCAAUCUGAAGAACCUGUUCUUGCGCUGUGCUCAUGCUGAAGGCAAUGUUGGAGAUUGCAGAGCAAGUAAACUUCUAAAGGACCUACACAAACUAGAAUCGAUUACAUUACUUGGCUGGUCUAUGUGGGUUUUAUUUAGUGGAGAUGUACCUGCCAGCAUACUCUCAACCACGCAUUGUUCUCUGAGAACUUUAGAUAUUUGUCUCAAUAUGAGGGAAAAUAAUGAGGUCGAAGGCUUCUUUUACUUGCUAAGAAGUUAUCCUUCUUUGGAAAAAUUGUCUCUUUUGCUUGAUGGAAAAACAGAACCCAUUAAUGAAAUCGAUGGAACUUGCUUGAGUGAAUUGAGAACAAGUAAGUCUGAUUGGUUGGGUUGCCUCAAAAUAGUGAAUGUGAAAGAUCUUAGUGACCUGGAGGAAGACAUGGAAUUGAUUCGAUUCUUGCUAUCAAAUGCCAUAGUGUUGGACAAACUUACAAUUGAGUAUGAGAAAGAAGUGAAUCAAGUUGAACAGCUGAAGAUAGCAAAGAGGUUGGCCGUGUUCCCCAGAUCGUCUGCUGGUGCCAUGAUGUUCAUCGAGUAGACUCAACAAAAUUUUCAUACCCUACAGAGAAGGGAAGCUAUAAGAUAAGACCUGGAGACUUGCCAUUGGCAAGCUUUUUUUUAUUUUUUUAUUUUCUUUUUUUAAAAUUCAGGUUAGGAAGUCAGACUUGCAGAAAGCCAUUUGCAUUCGAAUUUGUUUUUUGUUAUGCCUAGACUAUCAAACUUUCUCAUCAUAAAAAACCAUGGUCUCUCUAUACCUCUCUCUUUCCUCUUCGUUCAACAUCUAUUUUGCUUGGUUAGCACAGUGCAAGCCUAUCUACUUGCACUUCCAUUUCUUUGCAUAAUGAUCUUGUUUUAACUAUACUCUUAUUCUAUGUGGUUGUAUCUUGUUCACCGAGCUUUAUAUAUGAUUUGGUGUGCUGAAACAAACUUCUGAAGGUCUAUUUCUUCAGUUGCAUCAUGUCUGCAUUAUGUCUUCUAUACAGAGCCACUCAAUGUAACCCAAUCAUCAAUUUUGGUAUCUCAAUGGGUAAGGAAAGGGUUCCAUUGAGCUUUAUAAUCAAAGUGGUAUAUUAAAACCAUCUUACAAGUGCUUCUUACUUCAGUUGCUUACUCUCUUCGAUGUAGUCACUUCACCAAUCUUAGUAUUUAAGAAUGUAAGAUCACUUGUUCAACCACUGGCUUCCAGCAGCUAGCUUCACUUUGAUCUUAGACAGAGUAUAGAUAUUUUGAGACUUCCUUUCUCACAAAUUCCCCAUCUUCUAUAUAUUCAAUGGUUCACCCACUUCUUAAACAAGAGACUACAAUUUUCUGUCCAAUUUGUGGUAUAUUGGUAACAAACUUGGAGCUCUUUAUCCUUCGAAGUUUGGUGGAAGUGGGGGAGCUUUUGGUGGAAGUGGGGGAGCAUUUGAUGCGAACAGACCUUAUUGAUUGAGCAAUGUUUUCUUUCUUGUGGUGCAAUUUCAAUAAUUUAAGAGAAACCCUUUGUUUGUUGCAGAGCUUCUCAUUUUGGGUUUGUUCAAGAGCCUCUCUGGUUUGUAGCAGAGCUUCUCAUUUUGGGUUUAAUGGCCCUGAUUUCACCAUUGAAGGCUUGCUAUAAUUUGGGUUUUCGGAGGAGGGGUAAACAGUUGCAGAGAAGCUACGAGGCAAUGGUGGACUGAGCUUCCACUCUGCUUCAAUGGAGAAAACUAAUCUGAUGACUCUGAUCCUUGAAAACACAUUAAAGACUGAUCUGGCCAAAAUUGCGGUCACAUAAUCAAAGCUUCGACCCCAAAUAGAGCUCACUUUUAAAUAUCUUACCUCCUCUCUUUGCCAAAUUGAGCCUCUGCUGACCUCUUUUGUCACUCCCUUUUCCAACGACACGAUUUCCGGCAAGAAAAUGACCAGAAUCACCACCGUAUUCCGAUGGGAACCCAACUUUCCGUUGGUCGUUUCAAUAACUGCAACAACUUUCGGCACUGUUUUUUGGCUUGAUUUCGAUUUCCCAAACUUGAAGCAGAAAAAGCCACCGCUUUUUUCCCUUUUUGGGGGGCCAUUUUCCAGCUGGUCCCUGUUCUUUCCGGCCACUUUCUUUCCCCCCAAACUCACCUAUUUUUCGCCGUAAUUUUUCUUGCUAAUGGAAAUGAAGUGGGGAAAGAGCGAGGUGGUGCUCAUAAUAUUGGGCAAAUACCCUCCCAAAGGGUAAUUGACCCCCCAAAUAAAGUCCGUUCAUAAUUUGCUAUUUA